AAAAAUAAAAUGCAUCCAAAAAGCAUAAAGUGGGUGCAGUAGAAGAAGUCGAGGAUGUCACCACCGACAACCUUUUUCUUUGUCAACACACAGUUGACACCUGGCAUGCACCACUCCUUCUUCUCAUAGAGUGCACAAUCUUCUUCUUCUUCUUCUGCUACACACGCACGUGACUCAAAACGCAGAAGCAUGCGUAACAGAUAAACCAAAAUAAGAUUGUUUAUUACCAUUGCCAUUUUGAUUCAGAGAAGAGAAAAGUUUCUUUCUUUCCUUGUGGGUUUUGUUUUGUGUUUGUUCCCCAAAAAAAGACCAUGGAAGUGACCCAGAUUGUGUUGGUUCUUCUUUGGUUAUUCCCAAUGAUGUUUUGUGCCAAUGUGGAGUAUGAUCAUAGAGCAUUAGUCAUUGAUGGUAAACGCAGGGUCUUGAUUUCUGGUUCUAUUCACUACCCUCGUAGUACUCCACAGAUGUGGCCAGACCUUAUUCAGAAAUCCAAAGAUGGAGGACUUGAUGUGAUUGAAACCUAUGUUUUCUGGAACUUACAUGAACCAGUUCGAGGCCAGUAUAAUUUUGAUGGGAGGAAGGAUUUGGUGAAAUUUGUAAAGACGGUAGCUGAGGCAGGUCUAUAUGUGCAUCUCCGAAUCGGUCCAUACGCUUGUGCUGAAUGGAACUAUGGUGGUUUCCCUCUUUGGCUGCACUUCAUUCCUGGGAUUAAGUUUCGAACCGACAAUGAACCAUUCAAGGCAGAAAUGAAACGAUUCACGGCUAAGAUUGUUGAUCUCAUGAAGCAAGAGAAACUAUAUGCAUCACAGGGUGGACCUAUAAUUUUAUCUCAGAUUGAAAAUGAGUAUGGAAACAUUGAUUCAGCAUAUGGUUCUUCUGCUAAAUCCUACAUCAAUUGGGCAGCAACAAUGGCUACAUCUCUUGAUACUGGUGUUCCUUGGGUCAUGUGUCAGCAAGGAGAUGCUCCUGAUCCUAUUAUUAAUACAUGCAAUGGAUUUUACUGCGAUCAAUUCACACCAAACUCGAAUACAAAGCCGAAAAUGUGGACUGAGAAUUGGAGUGGAUGGUUUCUUUCAUUUGGUGGUGCUGUUCCUUAUAGACCUGUGGAAGAUCUCGCAUUCGCCGUGGCACGCUUUUUCCAACGAGGCGGAACAUUUCAAAAUUACUAUAUGUACCAUGGAGGGACCAACUUUGACAGAACUUCUGGUGGACCGUUCAUUGCUACAAGUUAUGAUUAUGAUGCACCAAUCGAUGAGUACGGAAUUAUUAGGCAACCAAAGUGGGGCCACCUUAAAGAUGUACACAAAGCCAUUAAGCUUUGUGAAGAAGCAUUAAUAGCUACUGAUCCCAAGAUUACAUCUCUUGGUCAAAACUUAGAGGCUGCAGUUUACAGGACAGAGUCGGUAUGUGCUGCCUUCCUCGCUAACGUUGACACUAAAUCUGAUGUAACUGUAAACUUCAGUGGCAACUCAUAUCACUUGCCUGCAUGGUCUGUGAGCAUCUUACCCGAUUGCAAGAAUGUUGUGCUUAAUACUGCAAAGAUUAAUUCUGCAACUGUGAUUUCAAGCUUCACAACUGAAUCUUCAAAAGAAGAUAUCGGUUCUUUAGACGCUUCUAGUUCAAAAUGGAGUUGGAUAAGCGAACCUGUCGGUAUUUCAAAGGUUGAGUCAUCCUCAAAAAUUGGUUUACUGGAGCAAAUAAAUACCACAGCCGAUAGAAGUGACUACUUGUGGUACUCAUUAAGCAUUGAUCUUAAGGAUGAUCCUGGUUCUCAAACUGUCCUUCACAUUGAAUCACUUGGCCAUGCUCUUCAUGCUUUCAUUAAUGGAAAGCUUGCAGGGAGUCAAGCAGGAAACAGUGGCAAAGCUAAACUUAAUGUGGACAUCCCCAUCACACUAGUUUCUGGAAAGAACAGUAUUGAUCUCCUGAGUUUAACAGUGGGACUUCAGAACUAUGGAGCUUUUUUUGACACGGUGGGAGCAGGGAUCACUGGUCCAGUGAUAUUGAAAGGUUUGAAGAAUGGCAACACUCUCGAUCUCUCCUCUCAGAAGUGGACAUAUCAGGUUGGCCUAAAAGGUGAAGAGUUAGGUCUAUCUAUUGGAAGUUCUGGAGAGUGGAAUUCACAAUCUACCUUCCCUAAGAACCAACCAUUGACUUGGUACAAGACAAACUUCGAUGCUCCGUCCGGCAGCAAUCCAGUUGCAAUUGACUUCACGGGGAUGGGAAAAGGCGAGGCUUGGGUAAACGGACAAAGCAUUGGGCGAUACUGGCCUACAUAUGUCUCUUCAAAUGCCGGUUGCACAGACUCAUGCAACUAUAGAGGACCUUAUACUUCAUCUAAAUGUCGAAAGAAUUGCGGAAAACCAUCACAAACAUUAUACCAUGUACCGCGAUUUUGGUUGAAACCAAAUGACAACAUUCUUGUAUUAUUUGAGGAAAGUGGCGGUGAUCCAGCACAAAUAUCAUUUGCUACAAAAGAGCUAGGAAGUUUGUGUGCACAUGUAUCUGAAUCUCAUCCACCUCCAAUAGACUUAUGGAACUCAGAUACAGAAUCAGGAAGGAAGAUAGGGCCUGCAUUGUUGCUCAAGUGUCCUAUUCAUAAUCAAGUCAUUUCUUCCAUCAAAUUUGCAAGCUAUGGAACACCACUAGGGACUUGUGGAAACUUCUAUCACGGACGCUGCAGCAGCAAUAAGGCGCUGUCAAUUGUACAGAAGGCUUGCAUUGGAUCAAGCAGUUGUAGUGUUGGAGUAUCAACGGAUACAUUUGGAAACCCUUGUAAAGGAGUAUCGAAGAGUUUAGCUGUUGAAGCUACUUGUGCAUAGAAAGACAUGUAUUCCCUCCAAGAACACUCACCAAUUGUCUUCAACUCUUGGUUGAAGAUGCUUCUUGUUAAUUCAAACUAGAAUUGUAUUCUAGGAACAUGUCACAAAAAAUUGGCAAUUAGAAUAGUGUAGUAGUAUCACUUGCAAUAAAAGAAACAAAAGUGUGGUCCAUGAUGAUGCAAGAUACGUGAUAUAAAAUAGUGUUUUUAUUUUUGUUGCUAUUUUAUGAAAAGGAUGGUAAUGGUCCCAUACUUGUAAUACAAGCACUUAUGGAUUAGAGUUGGAUUGACAUAAUUGUAUGGGAAAUUUUUUACUUAAUUGGAAAAUGAUGUGUUUGAAAACUUCAA